AAGUUUUUAUGGACAACUUCUUCUCCUCCCCAGAACUGUUUCAUAGCCUCAAACAGAAGAACAUGGGUGCAUGUGGUACUGUUCGAUCUAAUAGAAAGGGAUUGCCAAAGAACAUUGGUCCCAAAGACGUAAAACUGAAACGGGGUGAUUUGCCUGUGUUUUGGCAUGAUGCAAAUUACUCACUGACCUUCACCACGUGGCAGGACACUAAACGUGUGAAUUGCCUUUCAACGCUUCAUGGAAAUCAAACAGUCAACAAGGAAAUCCGAUCGAAGGAUGCCACUGGAAAGCGUACGGUGAAAAAGCCUGCUCUAGUUCAAGACUACAACAAAUAUAUGGGUGGGGUCGAUUGGUUUGACCAGCUAUCAGUCUACUACUGCUAUCCACACAAGUCCCAGAAGUGGUAUCAGAUAAUUUACCACUAUGUGAAAGAAACGGCACUUGUCAAUGGCCACAUUGCCUACAAAGAGAGCCAUCCUGAUGUCAACAUUGACCAGAUCAUGUUCCGUGAGAAAGUCAUUGACUCUCUCAUUCCUCUGAACAUUCGUACACAUGCUAAAGACAAAGGAAACACUGUGGAUAAGCGUAGGAAAAGACGCUUAGUUGAGCGUCACUUCUGUGCAGAAUAUGUCAACAAAUCCUACAGGCCAGAGUGUAUUGUGUGCUCUGAUAGGCAGGCUCACCAGCGGCAUCAAACUCGAAACUACUGUGAGGACUGCGACUAA